UAGUUCCACACCCACGGGGCGUCUGAGGCUGAGCGCAUCGCGCCCCUAUCGUUAUGAAUAUGUAAUAGCGUCUCUCCGCGCUACCUAUCCGGAGGAGGACCGUGUCUGCAUCUCUACUCUGGACUAGGCUACAUCAUCAGGAGAGCAGGCGAAGCCCCUGCGCAAAAGACACUCAAUGAAACUGCCUCUCAAAUAUAUCGCCAAGCCAAUAAAUAUCAGCAUCUAAGCUUUUCUGUAUACCAUUCUAAAAGGAGGACACUGAGGAGGGUGUGAUUUGCUCGGAUUGUCUUGUGUUAGUCCCGUUCUCGUGUGAAGGAGACGCCGUCAUUCAUCAGAGACGAUGGGGAACCGUGGGAUGGAGGACCUUAUUCCUCUGGUGAAUAAGAUGCAGGAUGCAUUCUCUGCCAUCGGACAAAAUGCCAACCUGGACCUCCCGCAGAUCGCCGUGGUCGGGGGGCAGAGCGCAGGGAAGAGCUCUGUGUUGGAGAACUUCGUGGGCAAGUAAGGACUUCUGCCCUCAGGGUUUGGCACGACAUCGCCGCCUCUGGUGUUGCAGCUAAUCAACUGCCCCACAGGUGAAUAUGCUGAGUUCCUGCACUGUAAAGGGAAGAAGUUCACAGACUUCGAUGAGGUCCGUCUGGAGAUUGAGGCGGAAACGGACCGAGUGACUGGACAGAACAAAGGCAUCUCACCCGUGCCCAUCAACCUGAGAGUGUACUCUCCACACGUGCUGAACCUGACUCUGGUGGACUUGCCGGGGAUGACCAAGGUUCCGGUGGGUGACCAGCCGCCGGAUAUCGAGAACCAGAUCCGGGACAUGCUCAUGCAGUUCGUCACCAAGGACAACUGCCUGCUGCUGGCCGUCUCCCCCGCCAACGCUGACCUGGCCAACUCAGAUGCACUCAAGAUCGCCAAAGAGGUGGACCCGCAAGGUCUCAGGACCAUGUGGAUCACCAACCGGACUUUGAUGGAUUCAGGGACAGACGCCGUGGAGAUUCAAAACAAGCUCCUCCCACUGCGCAGAGGCUAUAUUGGUGUAGUGAACCGCAGUCAGAAGGACAUUGACGGGAGGAAGGACAUCAACGCGGCCAUGGCAGCCGAGAGGAAGUUCUUCCUGACCCACCCUGGAUAUCGCCACCUGGCCGAGCGAAUGGGGACGCCCUACCUGCAGAAGACCCUCAACCAGCAACUGACCAAUCACAUCCGUGACACACUGCCUGCGCUGCGGAACAAGCUGCAAAGCCAGCUGCUGUCCAUCGAGAAGGAGGUGGAGGAGUACAAGAACUUCAGACCGGACGACCCGUCACGCAAGACCAAAGCCCUGCUGCAGUGAGUGCAUGCAGCAGGAUGGCAGCAGCUUCAUGUGGACUUUGAGAAGUGCAUCGAGGGCUCUGGUGACCAGAUCGACACAUACGAGCUGUCAGGAGGCGCUCGCAUCAACCGCAUCUUCCAUGAACGCUUCCCUUUCGAGCUCGUCAAGAUGGAGUUUGAUGAGAAGGAGUUGCGCAAGGAGAUCAGCUAUGCCAUUAAGAACAUCCACGGUAUCAGAACUGGCCUCUUCACCCCCGACAUGGCCUUUGAGACCAUCGUGAAGCGGCAGAUUGGCAAGACCAAGGAGCCUUGUCAGAAGUGUGUGGACCUGGUCAUCACUGAGCUGGUCACCACGGUCAGAUCGUGCACCAAGAAGCUUGCCCAGUAUCCCAUGCUGAGGGAGGAGAUGGAGAGGAUCGUCACCCAGCACAUCAGAGACCGUGAGAGCCGCGCUAAAGACCAGGUGAUGCUUCUGAUUGACAUUGAGCUGGCCUACAUGAACACCAACCAUGAGGACUUCAUUGGAUUCGCUACUCCAGAUGAGAUAAUGGUGAUCAGGAAGGGAUGGCUGACCAUCAACAACAUUGGCAUCAUGAAGGGCGGAGCCAAAGAGUACUGGUUCGUCCUGACUGCAGAGAACAUGUCCUGGUACAAGGAUGAUGAGGAGAAAGAGAAAAAGUACAUGCUGACGGUGGACAACCUGAAGCUGCGUGAUAUUGAGAAGGGCUUCAUGUCCAGCAAGCACAUCUUCGCCCUGUUCAACACUGAGCACAGGAAUGUGUAUAAGGAUUACCGGCAGCUGGAGUUGGCCUGUGAGAGUCAGGAUGAGGUGGACAGCUGGAAGGCCGCCUUUCUGCGGGCUGGAGUUUACCCUGAACGUGUGGUGGAUAAGGAGAAGAGUGAGUCCAUAGAUGAGGGCAGCUCGGACGGCUUCAUGCACUCCAUAGACCCUCAGCUGGAGCGGCAGGUGGAGACCAUCCGCAGCCUGGUGGACUCCUACAUGGCCAUCGUCAACCGCACCAUCAGAGACCUCAUCCCCAAGACCAUCAUGCACCUGAUGAUCAACAACACUAAGGAGUUCAUCCAUGCGGAGUUGCUGGCGCAGCUGUACUCGUGCGGUGAUCAGAACUCUCUGAUGGAGGAGUCUCAGGAACAGGCUCAGCACCGCGACGAGAUGCUGCGCAUGUACCACGCCCUGCGCGAGGCGCUCAACAUCAUCGGCGACAUCAGCACCACCACCAUCACCACCGCCAUGCCCCCGCCCGUCGACACCUCCUGGCUGCAGGUGCAGGGAGGACCCUCGGGACGCCGGUCUCCGAUGUCCAGCCCCACCCCCAGCUGCCCCCUGGCCCCCCUCGGCCCCAGUGGGACGAGUGCCCCGACUUCUGCCACAGGAGUGCCGCCGGUGCCCUCGCCGGGCCUGACCACCCCUACCGCACUCAGCCGCCCCAGCAAAGGGAGUCCGUCCCACGGAGAGCCCUCCCCUCGUUAG